AUGCGCUUCAAGUCUAUUUUCCUGUUUGCAAGCCUCUCUCAGACGAUAUCUGGCUUCGGCAUUAUUCCAGAACGCGGUGGCUACACCAUAAACACCGACUCAGACAUGGACGUUCGGAUGACCGACUCAGGUAUCAUCCGAAAGCUCACCUACAAAGGCACUCAGUACAUUGGCGGCCAAUCUUUUAGGGCUCAAUCUGGUAGUUUUGGUUCUGGUCCAAGAGGCACCCAUUUUCAGACGCAUGUCAAGGGUGACAGUAUUGUGCUGCAAUUUCAUGCAGAUGAUCCAUUUACUGGACGAUUCACAGGGUAUUACGUUUUCAGGAAAAAAGAGAACCGCAUCUAUAUCGGCAUGAAGCCUGAAGCUGUCAAGUAUGAAGCUCGUUACAUGCUUCGUCUCAACACAGCCGUGUUCGGGCAUUGUGUCAAUCGGGCAUCUGACCUCAGAGGUGCGCAAAUCCCUAUCGAGACUGGCGACAUCCUUGCGCGCGCUGAUGGGACGACAGCCUCAAAGUUUUUUUCUUCGGUGCCUCACAAGUACAACGAGCUCUAUGGUAUAGCUGGCAACAAUGCCGGAGAUGGUAUCUGGAUCAGUUUGACAUCAGAGUCUAAAGAAGGCAUGUCUGGAGGUCCUUUUCACCGAGACAUCACUUGCGCGCAUGAUCACAGGACCACUGCCUUAUCGGCUUACUUUUACAGUGGUCACAGUCAGAGCGAGCCAGCUCGCAAUCAAUUGGCGUGGAUUACGGUCAGCCUUGGUGAAAAGCCACACUCGACGCCGGACCUUGGCUUUCUCGAUGACCUGGAGAUUGAUGAACAUGUUCCUAGGAGUAAGCGUGGUUGUGUUCAAGGUCAACUGCAUGAAAGGCAGCCUCUCGCUGCGGGUUGCUCGCGCUCAAGCGUCUGGUACGAACAUCUUAAGCUGGCCGAUUUACAUUCAUUUGGAGUGCAGCGCUCACAAGAGGGGGCCAGUUCGAACCAAAAACGCUCCAGUUCGAACAUGACGGAGUACACUGUUGGAUUAGCGAAUGCAGCGGCUCAGUACUGGGCUGAUGUCUCGGACGGCAAUAUCAAGCUCGAGAACGUCUUACCCGGCACUUACCAGCAGACUUUGUAUCAAGACCAGCUGCCCGUAAGCAGCAUUUCGGUUGUGGUAAAGGCUGGCGCUUGUGUGUCAUCGGAUAUGACGGCUCCAAAGCAAGAAACACCGAUCUGGUCAAUUGGUUGCCAUGAUGGCCGACCGCAUGGUUUCAUGAAUGCAGAUCUGAUUGAACGUGCGCAUCCACAAGACGUUCAUAUGAAAUGGCACAAGACUACUUUCACCGUUGGCGACGAGAUUGCUCUAUUUCCAAUGGCCCAGAUGUAUGGCAUCAAUAAUCCGACUACGCUGCAGUUCAAACUCACUGAAGAGCAAGUCAAGCAAGCCAAGACUUUAAGAAUUGCCACGUGCUCCGAGUAUCGAGGUGGCUAUCCACUCGUCACAAUCAAUGGUUCAAAGCAGAAAGACUACGGUAUGCCUCCAAAACUCUCUGCCUGGGGCAAAGAAGUCGUCGAAUCGCGUACCAUGACGCAUGGGGCCUUCUACAGAAGUCCACGAACGUACAUUUUUGACGUUUCGGGCACUCUUAAGCCGGGCUUGAACAUUAUCCUGAUAGAUGCGGGUGGCAUGGGCAUGAUGCAGAAAACAUUUUUGCAGCCAAACAUCGUUUAUGAUUCUGUUGCUCUGCUCUAG